UAUCGCGAGGCGGAGGCUCCUGCGUGCCCAAUUCAGGCUAUUCGCCACUAGUGGGGGGAAGUGGUUCUUCAGAACGUGGAGUGCAUCAUCCGACCGCAGACAGACCAUGAAAUUUAUUCUUGUUAUUGCGUGUGCAAUAGUAGUGAGCAAAAAAUGUAUAGCGUCUUCACUGCUAAAGGAUCCUUUAAGAAACAAAGGUGGAAAGGUCGAUGCGACUUCAGAAGAGAACAACGAAGGAUACUACCAAUUUCUUGAAGCCGGGUCAGCAAAUCCGCCGAAAGUGAAACACCCCCCGUAUUACAAAUCUCCGCUACGAUGUCCAGGUGCAGAUAAGCCGUACGCUCCUGGAAAAUCGUUGACAAAUUUAUGCGGGGAUCUUAACAAAGGAUUUAUUCCUGAAAACCCGAUGAACCAGACUAUAGAAGGAAUGCCAUAUCCAUUUGAACUAAUAACAAAUAAGACACUGCAGUUUCUUAGCCGUACACUUCCUAUUCUCCAGAAUGAUGAAACUAUACCAAAGGUGAUAAAUUACAAUGCGAAUGAAAAGCAUUUUUAUUAUUCUAAAACCCCACAGAGCACACAUACAACUCGUGUUAAGAGGGAAGAUAAAACAGGCUUAGAAGGGACUUUUAAAAUCAUCGGUGAUUUCUUUUCCGAUCCGAGUGACAUAUUGAAUAAAACAAGAAAAUUUUGUGAAAAUGGACAAGGAAUGGUAUGCGUACUCUACAGAGCAAUACAAGGAGAGUCGGCUGGGUUAGAAAUGAAAGAAAGGAAGGAAGACAUAUCAUUGGAUGAGAUGCCAUUGGAUGGACCUCCAACACCUUGCCCAGCUAAAAUUGAAUACGCCACACCAGUAUUUGCAAGAAAUUACAAAGGCAUUUGGAGAUAUGUCGUACAAAUUCCAUACGAAGGCUACUUUACACAAACAGUAGAAGUGACAAAAUGUUUAAAUACAAGGUGCCACUAUAUGGAAGGGAAAUGCUUAUCAUCGCCUCGUUGGGUGAGCUUACUCGUUGCGGAAAUAUUCUACCCAAAUGGUUUAUCUGGACCAGUUAAAGAAGAAUCCCAAAACAAUGGUGUCCAGGACAGUCAAGCGUAUAGCUAUUAUAAAACUAAGGACACAAUUGAAGAAGAAGAACAAACACAAUGUGAUGGCAUUGACAAAAACGGUUGUUAUCAGGUACGCCUUUACUAUGACUGGUUUCUUAUUCCAGGGAGCUGUAAAUGCUGGCGAACAGAAUACAUUUACAGAUACAUUAAUCUUAGUUAGACUACAAAACUUUUGCAAUUAAAUAAAAAAACAAAUCAAAUUCAAAGAUUUUGGAGUUAAAAUAGGGCUUGUUUCUAUAAUAAAUCAAAUGAUAAUUCCUUAAAUAGCAUCGGUGGAGAAUAGUGAAGGUUAACCCAUGAAAAAUUAACAAUGUUAAAAAUUCAAAUUAAAUGUUAUUUUUGUAUUGUUAAAAUAAAUUUACAAUUGAACUCAAUAUAUCAAGUAAAAAUUAUUGACUGAUUGGAAAUAUGAUCUCUUUAUAGUUCACUGGUUUUAAUCAUUGUUUUCUUUCUAUUAAGACAUUUCUUCCUAAAUAAUUACAUUUUUCGAUAAAUUUCAGUAAAAUUUCUAAUCGCCUUUUAGAAAUUGAAUCCAUGACAAAACAUCAGCAAAAAAAUUGCUUAACAGAUGUGGUUACUUUUCCAAAUAAAUAAUUUGUAUCAAUUUCCUCAGUACAUUUUAGCAUGAGCAUUAUUUGUUUUUUUAUAGUAUUGCAUUUUUAUAUUGUAUAUAAUUACCAAAAUAGUAGCUUCUGAAUGUACAUAUAGCUUGAACAAUUAUAAUUAUUUUUUAAACUUUCAUCUAAAGUUUGGUAUCUAAUUUAUUCUCUUGUAAAGAGCCAUAAUUUUCACCAUACUUCUCUCAAAGAUCCUUUUUUUUUUCUUUUUUUCUCCUUAAAUAAACAUAAUAUUUAACUAUUUUAUUUUUGAUAAUGUGACUAUCCAUUGCAUAAUGAGUUUACAUAUGUUAUGUAAUAUAUAUAUAUUUUUUAGAAUAAGUAUUCUGUACGACUUGCAUGCUGAACAGAUACAACAGUUUGUUUUUAUACCUAUUUGAGACAAUAAUAUUAGCUUAAAAGAGAUUAGAGAAAUUAACAGAUUUUGUAAAAUUAAAAGGACAAUCGAAAUAAAUAAAUUUGACAGAA